AUGUCGACUCCAUUCCCUGUCCUGGUACACCCCUUCAAGUCGCCCGUUCCGAAGCAAUGUGCAUACGAGUCGGGCUCAUCUACAGCCAAGAACGCCUUGAUAUGCAUUGGUGGCCUUGGUGAUGGGCCGCACACGCUCAGAUAUGUGCGGACGAUUGCUCAGCGGUUAGAAAUGGAAACAGCCUUGAACUACUCGGUAUUUGAGGUCCGCCUGUCCAGCGCCUUCAACGGCUUCGGCACCAAACGUCUCAGCGAUGACGUAGCUGAGAUCUCUGCUCUUGUCCAAUAUCUUCGUUGCAUCGGCAGAGAAAAGAUUGUCCUGAUGGGACACUCUACGGGGACGCAGGACUGCAUGGAGUACACAAACUACGCCAGGCACAACAGCGCCCCUGUGGAUGGCUUCAUAAUGCAAGGCCCCGUCUCAGACAGGGAAGCAUUUGGUCCAUUGAUCGACAAGGAGGAACUUGACAAAAUUACCUCCCAGGCUUCGGCGCUUAUUCGCGCUGGUAAAGAAAACGAAAUCAUGCCACAAGACAAUCCAGUAUCUGAGGUUUUCGGAGCUCCACUCACGGCAUAUCGACUUAAUUCGCUGUUAAGCCCCGGUGGCGAUGACGACUUUUUCUCAUCGGACCUCACAGACGACAAGAUCGCCUCCUUCUGGGCCAACUUCCGGAAGCCCGCACUGGUACUGCCCUCCGGUGAAGACGAGCAUGUGCCCAAGUCCAUUGAUGUAGAGGCUCUUCUCGGCCGAUGGAAGAAAUUAGCUCCCGCCGGAGUAAUCAGCGAGCUAUCUGGAUUGAUACCAGGAGCCUCUCACACCGUCAGAGACCCGGGCGCCCAAGAAUGGAUGUGUGACAGGAUUCUCAAGUUCCUACGCAAUCUUGAAAGCGACCAUGGAGUCAAGCUAUAA